ACAUUGAUGCGUUUUCAGCAUGUGGGUUGUUCAGUAUGAUUGUUGACAUUGAGAAUGGCUAAAGUAAUUAAAAUAUUUAAAACUGUGAGAGAGAAUUGGAAGAAAUCAAUUUUGGCCAUUGUAAUAACAGGAUAUGGAGUGAAAUUUGUCAAUAGGAAGUAUGAAGAAGAUCUCUUACGAAGGGAAUAUUGCAAAGAAGCAAAGAAAUAUGGUGAUGUAAAGAUAAACAUAGGGGAGAGACCUAGAAAGAUAACUGUCUUCUUGAAUCCUGCAGCAUCUUCUGGAAAAGCUUCAAAACUUUUUGAGAAGAAUGCAGCACCUUUGCUUCACUUGGCAGGUCUUGAAGUUAAUCUCAUUAAGACAGAAUAUGAGGGGCAAGUUAAAAAGUUCAUGGAAGUCAUGGAAAAGAACGAAACUGAUGGAAUCAUAGCUGCUGGGGGAGGAGGAACACUCCUAGAGACUGUGACUGGUGUCAUGAAAAAAGAAGAUAAGGAUUUCAAGAAAAAGAUACCAAUAGGAGUUAUACCCCUUGGAAAGACUAACUUGUUUGCCAAAUUACUCUUUGGGUCAGAUAAAGAACAAGUGAGAUUCAUACUGGAUUCUGCUCUUGCUGUAGUCGAUGGAUUUUCAAAGAAAAUGGAUGUGGUGGAAUAUAAAAGUGAGGAUGGAAGAAACACCUACUCAUUGGUCGGGCUGACUGCAGGGGCAUACAGUGAGGCAGAGAAGAAAAAACAAAAGUACUGGUAUUUUGGCCCGUUGAAGUCUAAGUGGACCUACAUACGAUCAACACUAACCCAGUGGCCUUCAGUCAUCUCAGGGAAGUUGAGUUAUUUACCAGCUACAGAGGAAAACACCAAACUUCAAAAAAUUGUCAUAAAGCAACCUCUUCCAGAAGUUAAACGUAGUUGGUGGAAUGUGCUCCAUUUAUUUUAUAAGCCAAGACCUCAAAAUUCCCAAGAGGUUUUUGAGGAGGUUGAGGCUGAGGAUGGUCAAGAGGAGGAAUACACCUCAGAGGAUGUAACAACUGUAGAAUUCUCUGUCAUUGCUCCCAUUGUUCAAAACCAACAACAGAAAAUUGUGGCCCCUGAACUACACAUUGGUCCAAGUCAAAUUGCCAGAAAAGACUUCAUAAGUGAAGGAUUCAGGCGGGAGAAGCUGGCCACACGCGUGUAUAGCUCCCCAGACAGUCGACAUUCACUGGUGAAGAGAAUCAAGUUUGUCCCUGACUUGCUAGAAGAUACCGUAAAAAAAAGUGUGGUAUUCUAUAGAUGGGGAACAGUUUGAGGCUGUGCCUGUGGAAAUUAAACUACUCCGAAACAGACUUAAUGUAUUUCACAGUUCUAGAACGUUGCCAUGUUAAUCCAUACUAAGCUACAUUCAUGAAUUUAUCUAUGUUUAUGACCCUGAAGACUGCAUUUUGUGAUGAUGAGAAAAUGGAAAAGUUUGAAUAGAAAAGAAUACUUACUAUGUUGAUUUAUUAUUUUCGUUAAUGUCAAAUACGUCAUAAGAAAUUAAAUUGGAACUGAUUUUCUUAGCGUUCUGUAAUCUGUUUAAGUACAUGUAUAAUAAAAUGGAUGAAAACAGAA